AUGGUGUCGGAGGAGACGUUAAUUUCGUGCUUCUGUAAUUUGGGUUGUGAUGUUCCUGAUCAAUCUGUUGUCGAUAGAUGUCUUCAGCUUUGUCAUAAUUAUGACAUCGAUGAAGAAACAUUUGUUGAAUUAUGGGUAGCAUAUAGUGUUCCAAGAUCUUUGAAUAUUGAUCCAACACUACAUGAUCUUGAUAAAAUGGAACAUGAAGAAUUACAAAAAAAUAAAAAAGAUUCUAUUGAAAGUGUCGCACAUACAGCAUCAAAUAUAGAAAUUGAUGUGCAAACAAAUGAAGAAAUCAUUAAUAAUGUGUUAGACAUAUAUAGCACUGGUCAAUCUUCAUCAUCAAGGCAAAUUAAAAGAGGAAGAAGUCCAACAUUAGAAACAGAAAACGACAAUAAAAUACGAGCAGUGGACCAAACAUUUUCACCAUCAACCUAUACUUCGAAAAUAAACGUACCCAAUCGCGCUCCAAGCAUUAAUGUUAGAGGUAGAAUUCUCUUGUACUUUGGUCCAGAUGUACAGUCUUGGAGGAAGCAGGGUGAGUACGAUGUAUUGGUCGGGAAAAUGGAUCUUCAUGUACCCAAAGAUGCGGUGUACAUGUAUGAAAUGUUAUCCAAACAAGGGGCCGCUCUUAAUGACAAUUGUGAGAGUUUUGGCGAGCGACUCUGCCAUAUUUGGAACGAAAUGGGAACUACUAAUUCGAAUGUACGUUACGUGAGAAAUGUGAUGUCCGUAAGCCAAGUGGCGUUUAGGACAUGGGGCAGAAUAUCAACCACAAUCGAUAAAUCAGCUGGUAGUAAAGUCGUUAUGCUGGAAGGUUGCAGACGAUCUAAAGGUGAUAACAAUGCACCUAUCGUCCGGUUGGAUCUCGGUGGAAUAAAACGUUAUUCAGUUUUCCCGGGACAAAUAGUUGCGGUUGAAGGUACUAACACCGUGGGCAAUUAUCUAUUGGCAAAAGAGUUGUUUGUAAAGGGCUAUGCCCCGAUUGCUGAAACACCAAAUUUAACAAGGGACUUGAAAGUAUACGUUGCGGUUGGACCAUUCACACCGUCCGACAAUUUAAAUUAUCAGCCGUUAUGGGAUUUAAUGGAACGUGUCGCGGAAGAAGAACCAAAUGUGUUGAUAUUAAUUGGACCCUUUAUCGAAUACACGCAUCCUCAAAUUAAAAACUGUACCUUGAAAGAUACGUACCAGGAAUUUUUCGAUAAAAUUUUAUCCAAAGUCAUGCAAUGCUUGCAAGGGAAAUGUACGCGGGUUGUAUUAGUACCUUCUAAUCGUGACAUCCAUCAUGAAGCGGUUUUUCCAACCCCAGAGUUUGCCAUUUAUACGAAUAAAAUUGGAUCAAACUCAUCGAAUCUGUAUACCAUGCCGGAUCCGUGUGUAGUAAACGUGGAAGGUCUGCAGAUAGGGGUUACUUCGGUUGAUAUUGUCAGACAUCUGGGACAACAAGAAGUUUCGAAUACGCCUGGCAUGGAUAGACUCGGUCGUCUAGCCGAUCAUGUAUUGUCGCAAGCUACAUUUUACCCUUUAUAUCCACCGUUCAUGGGUUUGAAUCUCGAUACAACACUUUGGAAAAAGUAUGCUUGUUUUGAACGUCAACCACACAUAAUAAUUUUACCCUCCGAUAUUAAACAUUACUGUAAAGUAGUCAACGAAUGUCUCGUUUUAAAUCCGGAACGACUGCAGAAAUAUAUCUACGCCAAACUGUGCAUACGACCGAACGCUAGUGGAAAAUGGAAUCCAAACAAUAUAUCUUGCGAAAUUGCAAAAGUUUAAGGAUACGUUAUAGUUAUUUUCUUUCGCUUUUAUAGUUUUCAGCAGAGUGUAUCUUUUGUACAUUGAAAUA